AUGAGCAAUACAACGAUUAAUGGUACUGGUAUUCUUUCUGAAAAUAAUGAAGCUAAUAUGAUUAGUUUCUUUAACUAUCUAAACAUGACUAUAUCUCAAUAUGCUCUCGGUAUUAUUUGGUUGGUUGGUAAUAUUGGAUCAGUUUUGACCUGUAUUGUUUUUUCUCAAUCUGUAUUUCGUAAGAGUGCGUGUGGUAUAUAUUUCAUUGCUUCAAGUUUUUCACAAUUAUUGGCUUUUAAUUUUGCCUUACUCUAUCGAAUGCUUCAAUAUGGUUAUAAUAUUAAUAUUAUUAAUGUUGAACUCUGGUUUUGUAAAGCACGUUUUUAUCUAUUCUAUGUUCUUAUUGCUAAUUCUCGUUAUAAUAUUAUUAUUGCAUCAAUUGAUCGUUAUUUUGCUAGUUCACGAAAUGCUCUUCGUCGUCAAUGGAGUUCAACAAAGAUUGCACUACGUGUUAUUAUUUGUAAUGCAAUAUUUUGGUGUCUUAUGUAUAUUCAAGUAAUUGUUGUUUAUGUGAUCAGCAAUAAUACGUGUCAACCUCAAUCAGGAGUAUAUGGAAUAUUUUUUAGUAUCUACAUUUCAAUUGACAGUGGAGUUCUUCCUAUAUUUUUAAUGCUUAUUUUUGGUCUAUUAACUGCCAAGAAUGUUCGUCAAACUGGUAGACGUAUUUCACCAGCUACACAAAAUUCCAAUGAUCGAUCUGUUCGAUCUAAUAGAAUUUCUAAGAAAGAUAGUCAACUGCAUAGGAUGUUAGUAAAUCAAAUUAUUCUUUUUAUAUUUCUCAAUAUACCAAAUCCAUGUUAUCUUGUUUAUCGUUCAUUUACUAUAAAUACUUCGAGAUCACCACUUCGUUCUACAAUUGAAUCAUUUAUUAGUAAUAUGACGUAUGUUCCUCUUUAUCUUGGCUUUGCAUUGACAUUUAUUAACUUUGUGGUAUCAUCAAAAAUAUUUCGACGAGAAUUUCUCAGUCUCAUUCAAACAAAAAUACUUCGUCGACCGUUGCAAUUCUUAGAAAAGGAAAGAUGA